UGCCCGUGUCUCCAAUGGAGCGAAUUUCCCUAUAACUUCCCCGAUCGCUCCCCCUCUGGCCCCCUCCACUUUGUAUUUGGGGGGGAUCUUAUAGGGGGGUCGGAGAUCUAUACCCCCCCCCAGGAUGAGUCUUUUUCGUCUUAGCUUUCGGGUUGAUUUUUUUUCCUCUUAAAGUUGGAUCUUUCGCUCUCUCUUGAUUUGGGGGUCCCGCCCAACACCCCCCCUCCCCUGCCUGCGAUCCAUCUCCAGAGACGAGAGCGAUUCCGGAGAAGGAGACGGGGGAAAACUGCUACAGCCUUCGAAAUGACUCAGUAACUUUUGCGCCUUGGGUCUCUCUUCUGCAAUUAGUCAGUUUCCCAGAUCAACUCGGGAUGUAUUCGUCUCCUCUGUGCUUAACUCAGGAUGAGUUCCAUCCGUUCAUCGAGGCGCUGCUCCCCCACGUCCGGGCCUUCGCCUACACGUGGUUCAACCUGCAGGCCCGCAAGCGCAAGUACUUCAAGAAGCACGAGAAGAGGAUGACGAAGGACGAGGAGAGGGCGGUGAAGGACGAGCUGCUAAACGAGAAGCCCGAGGUCAAGCAGAAGUGGGCAUCCCGGCUGCUGGCCAAACUACGCAAGGACAUCCGGCCCGAGUUCCGGGAGGACUUUGUGCUCUCCAUCACGGGCAAGAAGCCCUCAUGCUGCGUCCUCUCCAACCCCGACCAGAAGGGCAAGAUGCGGCGCAUCGACUGCCUGCGCCAGGCUGACAAGGUGUGGCGCUUGGACCUGGUCAUGGUGAUCCUCUUCAAGGGCAUCCCGCUGGAGAGCACGGACGGGGAGCGGCUGGUCAAGGCGGCCCAGUGCACCAACCCCAUCCUGUGCGUCCAGCCCCACCACAUCAGCGUCUCCGUCAAGGAGCUCGACCUCUACCUGGCCUACUUCGUCCGUGAGAGAGAUUCGGAGCAAAGCAGCAGUCCGAGGACAGGGAUCGGCUCAGACCAGGAGGACAGCAAACCUAUCACAUUGGAUACGACAGACUUCCAGGAGAGCUUUGUCACGUCGGGGGUAUUCAGCGUCACAGAGCUCAUCCAGGUCUCCCGAACGCCGGUGGUGACAGGCACGGGGCCAAACUUCUCUCUGGGUGAGUUGCAGGGUCAUCUGGCCUAUGAUCUGAACCCCUCGAGCACUGGCAUGAGACGGACGCUCCCCAGCACCUCGUCCAGCGGGAGUAAACGACACAAGUCUGGCUCCAUGGAGGAUGACAUAGACACGAGUCCGGGGGGCGAGUACUACACCUCGCCCAGUUCGCCUACGAGCAGCAGCCGCAACUGGACAGACGACAUGGAAGGGGGCAUCUCCCCCGUGAAAAAGACGGAGAUCGACAAAUCGCCCUUCAACAGCCCGUCGCCCCAGGACUCCUCCCCGAGGUUGAGCUUCACCCAGCAUCACCGUCCGGUCAUCGCCGUGCACAGCGGUAUCGCUCGAAGCCCACACCCUUCAUCUACUCUGCAUUUCCCCACCACCUCGAUCCUCCCCCAGGCGGCCUCCACCUACUUCCCCCACACGGCCAUACGGUACCCGCCUCAUCUCAACCCGCAGGACCCUCUGAAAGAUCUCGUCUCACUGGCCUGCGACCCGUCCAAUCAGCAGCCUGGACCGUUAAAUGGAAGUGGUCAAGUGAAAGUGCCCAGUCACUACAUUUCCACCCAGAUGCUGGCGCCGCCACCUCCCCCUGGCAUCCCCCGGCUGGCUCUCUCUCCUGACACCAAAUCCACCACGACAACUUCUGAGGGCGGGACAACCUCACCGACAUCACCCACCUACUCUGCACCCGGCACGCCCCCUGCGAAUCGUUCCUUCGUGGGAUUAGGACCAAGGGAUCCGGGGAGUAUGUACCAGGCACAGUCCUGGUACCUGGGAUAAUCAGAGCUGCCCCAUCCCGUCGCCUCCCUUCUCCUCUGCUUUGGGCGUCCCGAGAGGAAAACAAGUAACACAGCCCCAGGCCCAGCCUUUCGGUGAAGAUGGAGAGAGCGAAUUAACGAUGACGACAACGACAACAAGAAAAAGAGACCCACACCCAAGACGUUACAAGGAAGGAAGGAAAAGGUUCAAACUUUUUUAAAAAGUAAAAACAAACAAAAACCCUACAGACAAAACAGCGAUCCACGCACGCGACGAUGCGGAGUCCCGUUUGCCAGAAACACUAUUUGCCCUGCCGGCUGACCUCCUGGGAAGAGAACGGACACAGCUCAUGACACAGGUCUCUUCCAGCAGCAGCAGCAACGCCGGAGUCUCGCCUGCAGUUCUCCAAAGGGUUGUAUAUGCAAAAUUGUCUUUCUGAUUUACUCUUACGUUCUCGCCUCUCGUGAGUAGAAAAGAACAAAUUUCCCAGGUUCCCCCACCCCAGCCCACCCUCCUCAGCAAAGUGUUUACUUUCCAGGAGGGUGCUGGGGCUGGGUGGGAAGACAAAGAACCAAGGCAUUGAGUUGUUUCUGAACCAGAGGUGCUGGGUGGGGCGGGCGAGCGCUCCUUAGCGCUGUUGCUCCCCGUUCCACCCCAGACUAGACGCCUCCAGCCACCUGCUGGCCCAGAGUUCGGACAACACGUUUGCCUUUUCUUUGUUUUUUCUUAAAUACUCUAUGCCAUUAAAUGCUCUUCUUUAGGGUGGGGAACGGAGCCCUCCUGGGAUCUUGGCAGUGCUUUCUGGUGCACCACAGGAGUGGCAUUGUGGGGAAGCGGGGGUGGUGGGGGUACACGGGCCGGAGCCCCUUUAAUCCUUCUCUUUCUCGGAUUGCCUUUGGGCACUAUCGGCUGCAGAAGGGGAGGGGUACUGGCUACUGACAGAACUCUGCUGUCCCCUGAGCUAAGCCGUAGGCUGUGCAUCUGGGCUCCUCUGUACGUUCCAGGCGAGGAACCUGGAGGGGAGCAGGGCACUGGCUUCAAGGGGAGACGUUUCCACAGCUUGGAGACUUGGCACGAGCCAGCACUGCAGGGAGGAGACGGGUCUGAGACUCACCGUCCGGCUGGCUGGAAUGUACAAGGAGCAGAGAUAAGGCUGCUGUUCAGAUAGGCACUAACGGGCUCUGGGAAUUAGCCCUGCAGCUCGGUUUGGAAAUCAAGGGGGUGGAAUUACAGAUCGGCUGAAACAGCUGAGUCCAAAACUCCAAAUCUCUCCUCUGGGAAUAAUUCUCCCAAUGGCGUCUGCUAUUCCCCAGGUGCCUUCCCCUGCUGCCGAGCCCUGCCAGCCGGAGCCAGCCAGGAGCAAAUCCGUCUGUCUCUCUGCAGUGAAAGACACGACGCCAGCGUGUGGCGUGGCUCCGUCGAAGCCCAUGGGUGGGGCUAUUCCGCCCUUACAUGGGUGUCAUGCCCAUAGCAUGGGGCUGCGCCAAUGUAGCGUGCCACACUGGUAAACUUUCCAUACUGGAGCUUACGCCGCGUAGCUCCUGGCAAAUGCGGGGCCUGUUUGAAAAGCCCGCAGCUCUCUGUGUGUGGGGGCGAGGCGGGGCUGGACUCUGCUACCAGGGCAGGGCCUGGGAUUCGUGUGGACCGAGUCUUCUUCUCGCGUGGCUCUGGAAAGUUAGGCUGGGACAGGCGGGCCGAGGGGAGGGAAGGUUGGAGCGAGAUUUCCCCGCGCACCUGUGUACAAAGAGCUAUGCACACCUGUGGACAGGUACCAUGUAGACUAGUGGCGAGAUGGUUGCAAUUGUGUUGCACAUUUUGUAGGAAAUGCACUUUUAAGAGGGAAUGAUAAAAAAAAGAGCAGCAGCAGGAGAUUGGAGCUCCCGGCACUGGCUUGCUGGGAGAUUUUUUUUUUUAAAGAGAGAUGAUUUGCUUCCUGAGAGGAUGCACCACAGAUGGGACCCCCCACCCCAUUUGUGGGGGGCCUUGGAUCCAUGACUUGGGUAGGCAAGGUGCCCUAAAUUCAAAUGGGUGGGGGCAGUGACACCACGGGGUUCCCCAUUUCCUUCUCCCCGGCCAGUCGCUCCUCAGCCCCCGCCGUCAGCAAACCCCGCUGGGAGGUAGAACGCAGUUCCUGACUGGUUCAAGUGCCUCAAUUGUCUACUGCCGUGCCCUGGGCGUCGGCAAGCCGGGCGUGUGGAGGUGCAGCAUCUCCGCUUUCCCCUGGCCCUCCACUGCUGCCCGCAGGGCUGGGGGAGCCGUGCGGGCCCUGGGAGAUUAGCGAGAACUGGGCCAGCAUGUGUUGGUGAGAGAUGCACGCAGCUCUUCCGCACGCACAGAGGCAUGAAGUCAAACUGGGCCCCGUUCACUGUGAUUCCUGGCUGGGCCUGAGAGAAGCUAAAUUAAACGACACGAGGCGGAGCAUGGGAUGGGCUCGGCGAGGGACUCCGCCCACCGAUCCAGGACACUGAGGGCCAGGCAGUUGUUGGAGGGCUGCCUCUUCCAAGCGAACCGCACACGAGUGCCGCACACACAGCAGCAAGAGAAACGGGCCAUUGGCUGCGCCCUUUGGCAAUCGAAAGCGUGACCAGGGAGAGGGGGGACUCUGCUCCCAGGACCAGCCCUGCCUGGGGGGGCACUGGUGCUAUGGGACAAAGGCACCCGCACAUUCUCGGAUCCUCUGUUUGUUCACGGCAAAGAGCCGUGCGAAUUCACCAAGCCAGCACCAUCCUCCCUCCCUGGCCCAUGUCAUGCUGUGCCCGGGCUCCUUAGGAGAGCGCUCUAAAGGUCCAACGGCUG